AUGAAACUCACACACCUAGCUCUAUUUGCGCCGCUGGUGGCAGGUUCGCUCUUCGACGACGGUCGCGCAUCGACGCCUCGUAACGCAGGUGUCAGCUACGAUGGGUAUCACAUCUACAGUAUCACUCCAUCAUCCCCUCAUGAAGCUCGCGACCUGGUGGAUCGCUUCUCUCGCUACCACACUCAUCCCAUUAGAGACGCCCUGUCUGUGGCCAUCCCACCUGAGGAAGUCUCGUCAUUCGAGAACCUUGGGUUGGACAUGCGCCUCGUCAAUUUCGACUUGGGUGCUCACAUUCGCUCUAUUGACAGCAAGCCCACCUCAUACAACCGAGCGCUGCACAAGCGCGGCGAGCUGCCUGAUCUCUCUUGGUUCGACGCGUACCAUCCGUACGCGGAUCAUCUGGACUACUGGGAUGACCUGGUCCACGCGUUCCCAAAGAAUUCGAAGAAGUUUCCGCUCGGGAAGAGUUACGAGAACAGGACUAUCUACGCAUUCCAUCUCUUUGGAGACAAAAAGAAGGGUGGUUACGGGCCAAAGACGAAGGAUAAGCGGCAGAAGCCCGUCAUUCUUUGGCACGCGACUGUGCAUGCUCGAGAGUGGAUCUCGACCAUGGUCAUCGAGUACCUCGCCUACCAACUCAUCGAUGGCUAUAAGUCUGAAAACGCCAACGUGACCGUUUUCCUGGACCACUACGACUUCUACCUCGUUCCCUUCCAUAAUCCCGAUGGUUUCGUUUACACUCAAACCAACGAUCGUCUCUGGCGCAAGAACCGCCAGCCUCGACCCUCAAUCAACACCACCUGCGUUGGCACCGACGGAAACCGCAACUGGAAGUUCGAGUGGGACGCUGAGCCGCCCUCAGGUGGCUCCACGCCCGAUCCGUGCGGGCAAACCUACCGCGGUCUCGCACCGGGCGACACGCCCGAGAACGCAGCGCUCGAUGCACUAUCCGCCAAGCUGUCCGAACAGGGCGAGGGUAUCCGCUCGUUCAUUGACUUCCACUCCUACUCGCAGCUCGUCCUCACGCCCUGGGGCUUCUCGUGUGCUCCGCUUCCCGAAACCAUUGACCGUAUGGUGUACGUUGCGAAUGGAACUGCGAGAGCUAUCGAGGCGGCGAGUGAGCGGAAUAGCACGUACCAGGCGGGUCCGGGAUGUCAGAUUCUGUACUUUUCAACGGGCAACUCGAGGGAUCACCAUUAUGCUGUGCAUGGAGCUAAUCAUUCGUGGACGCUUGAGUUGAGUCCGGCGGAUGAGGCGGGUGGUGGUUUUGUGCUUGAUCCGAAGGAGAUCUGGCCGGUGGUUAAGGAGCAGUGGGCUGGGCAGUUGUGGACGUUAGGGGAGGUGUGGGAUGAUUGA